CAAAAGUGAGUGGCUGAGUUUGUUAUGUUAGGUUUAUUCGUUUAUUUAUCCUCCAUGGUCGAAUUUAUCAGUCGUAUAUGAAUUAUGCAUAUUGCAUAUCAUAUUCUAAUAUUGCCUCUAGUGUCGGAUGGUCGGAUUGACGUUAUAAUGCUCGAAAUUUACGAUUUGACGUUUUUAUUUUAUUCUUUUACAUUAUUAUCUGUGGCGACAUCUUGAUUGCUUUCUUCGGGUCUACUUGUUUACAACAUCUAUGUGCGGUUUCAUUUAAUUAUUUAGUUCUGUGGAUUCAUUGCCAAUUUAUAUCCGAUAUCAACAUGGUUUAAUUCAUAAUAAAUAAAAUGGAAAUGUAUGAACGAACUAGCGAAGAUGUUCGAUCUUUGAUUGGGCAUGCUAAAUUGGAUGAAAAUAAAUUAACUCCUAUAACACAAGUACUUCAUUUUUCCUUUUCCGAUGAAAAAUACUUUUGUUAUAAAUUACUUCAAUUAGAUUCUCAUUUAGCUCAAGUAUUACAAGAAGGUUCAGAGAUUUAUUUUAAAGGAGGAAAAACUGAAGAAGUUGUGUUAUGCAGUAAUAGCCAAACCUAUGAGUUGAGAGAAGCUGAAACUUCUAAUAGUCUUAUAGUAGUUCCUGGUCUCCUUUGGCCUAAAGAAUCAAAUCUAAAUCAAUCAUUAGAUAAAAGUUUAGAGGAGGAUAAUUUAAACAUAUCCAAUUCUUUUAUUACAAAUACAGAUCAAUUAGAUACAGCUUCAAAUAGAACAGUUAAAAAACAAAGUGUUCAUAAAAUUCUUCAUACUUAUUAUAAAGUUCAUCGAAUUAAACCGAAAUUCCGUAAAUUAUUUGAUCUUCUUCAGAUCACCAAAUAUAAUGGCCCAGAAAAUGAGUAUAAUAUUAAUAAAAAAUUUUUGUUUACAUACGGUCAUUUAUUAAGCACUGUACAAGCUAGUAGUAAAGAAUUACAGGAUGGUUUUCAUGAAAUACAUGCUUUGGAAAUAAAUAACCAUUUUAGGAUUUUAGAAAUAGAAUAUGAAUUUCGUGUCGUUUCAUAUAUGAUGGCAGUAAUUGAGGAAAAUUCAUGGAACUUUUUAUCUGUAUCUCGAAAAGAAACUAUUGAUAGUUUGAAAAAUUUUGUCCCCCAGGCUGUUAUAGAAGGUUUAUUUGAUAUUUACACCAUAUGGAAAGGAGAUGAUCAGUUUUCAUAUAAACCACAUUUAAUAGGCAGACUCUAUGCUCAAACUAUAUUGAAGAACUCAUCAAAAUUUAAUUUGGAUGAUUUUUUAAUGACCUGGCAAGCGUCAAUGCCUGAAGGAAUGAAAACUGAUAUAUCUCAUUUGAAAGGGAUAGCUUUAGUUGAUCGUGAAGCAAAUCCAGCUUGUAUAAAGGCUUUAGACAAUUAUGCCCUACCCAUUACAUUACUUGAAAGAUUUCAAGCAAUGUUUAAAAUAAAAAAGUUAUGGACUCUUGAGCAAAUGGAACCAUAUAUAGAAUGUUUUACAACACCAAGUUUGUCACUAACGACUUUGAUAUCAAAAUACUCCAGAGCUUCUACAGUGAAUGGUAUACGAAUGUAUGGUGCAAAACAUUCAAGCUAAUGAGUUUAUUUUAGAAUACGAUUAAUAAAUAAAUAAUGCAAUUGAUAUUAAUUACUCAAGCGUUAUGUUUACAUAAUUUGUUUUUACUGUAAGAGACUAAUAUAAAAUGCGAAUCAAAAAUGAGUUUAUCUAUUGUUGU